AUGGCGAACACUUAUGCAAGCGACACGCCAUGCCUGCCCUCAUACCAGGACGCUAUCGCGCGGGUCGACUGGCUCGAUCUGGUAGCGCCGUACAUGAAUGUGAAGCACUACGCCCGUCUCUGCCGUGUGUCGAAACGUUUCUAUGCCCAGUUCGCUCCCCGCCUGUGGAAUGAUCCUGUAACUGUGGUGUGCCUGCUCAGCAGGGACCCCGUAGAUCUCGACUGGCUGUAUGUGUUUCUGGCCCAUUGCAUCAAGCGAGUGCGGCCGGAGACGAGGGCUCUUGUUCGCUCGCUCGACCUGCGGCCUCUGUUGGCUGCCGUCUCGGUGGCCCAGUUCUCGGUCUCGAUGGCGGGAUCUUCCGCUCUCUUGAGCCGGGCGCUGUCUGUAUUUCCUAGCUUGGCCUGUCUGCUUGUGGACGGUCACCCUGAUCUCGAUCUUGCGUCUCUGGCAGCUCGGCCUGUUUCGGAGGACGCGAGCGGGCAUCCUCUGCUGCUGCUGAGCAUCCCGCGGUGCCAGACGGAACUGCCCGCGGCCUUUUUCGCCUCGCCGCUCCUGAGGAGUCUCGUGUACCUCGAUGUGUCGUACCUGCCCGGCUCACUGAAGACUGCUCUGGCCCAGAAGACGCUGAGUCCCGCCUCACUGCCCUACCUUCGCAUAUUGAAGGCCCAAGGGCGCGAGAUGGAUGAUGCAACGGCGGCCCUUCUCUUCAAGGUCUUUGGGGCGCAGCUCUGGAGCGUGGAUCUGAGCCGCAACCGGCUUACUGACGCUGUCUUUGAGGACAUGGACCUCUGCUUUGCGCCUGUUCCUUGCCGGAAAGGGGAUGCUGGUGUUGAGGGAUCAAUCAUGCAGCACUCGGCGUUAGGAACGAGCAUGUUUGGACUCUUCAGCCACAUCUGGGAGUCAAAAUGGAGCGGGACGUUCAACCAUCCUCACAGGUAUCUUGCAGAUGCUCCUGGGUAUUCUCAAGACGUCCAUACCAAUCGGUUGGACGGCACGGUCAAGAUACACGACGAUUCAGCUGACGCGGUCAAGACCCUGCUCUCCGGCGGUGCUGGACGCCAUAGCCCCGUGCUGGAGCGCAUUCCUGGGCUCGUCAUUUGCCAGAGCCCCUUUGGCCUCACCCACCUGUACCUGAACGGCAACAGCAUCUCGGCUGCUGCCCUGACCAAACGGAUGCGCAUGUCGCCCGGCCUGCUGCAACACCUCGAGUGUGAUACUCCGCUCUUCACCAUACCCGAGGCAGCCCGACGACGAUCGUGGCUGGCCAGCAAGGAGGUGAAGCUCUGGGGCAUCCUCGGGGAGGCUCACUGGUUCCGGUCGCUCGUCGCGCCCGACCUGCAGGUCUUGCGCAUCCACCACUCGCUGGUUACGCAGCUGCUGACUCUACACAUCCCGUACCGGUUGCCCAUGGAGACCUUGUGGCUGGCCGAGACAUAUCUGCUGCCACGCGCGGAGAUGGCGUAUCCCCAAGCCUUCGUGCCUGAUAUGAACCCGCGCCUGCGGUCCCUGACGCUGACGCACAUCCCGAGGUAUUCGACGGGUCGUCUGAUUGAGAAGCUGAUUGCCUUUUUAAAGCUGGCUUCGCUUCAGGAGAGGGCGGUCCAGGAUGUUAGACGAUCGAGCAGUCGGAGGGGACCGGCUGUGCUAUCGGGUCUCAGGCACAUUCGGCUUGAAUUUCAGCCGGAUCCUCGUCAGACUUUUGAAGAGGACCUAAAUUAUGAUGAGGAGUUGGACUUUGAGCGGUCACUUACCAGUUUCCAGGAAUUCAGCAUCACAGAUACUCUCAAUUGGGAUUCAUCCCUGGCCGAUGAGAAGCCAGUUGCGCAGAGACAAGUUGACCCUUCCCCCUACGGUACCUGUCUCCCCAACACCGCUCCACCCGCGUCCGAACCCAAGGAGACCUCCCCUACUCAAUCGGUCCAACUCACCCCCUUCUACCCCUACAGCAUCCGUGAGAACGAGAACAAGAACACUAUGCGCCACACCUGGACGUACCAUGGCCGGACCGUCAUCGCACCUGUCUUCAUUGGCGACGGCCACCUCCGUCCAAGUAACCAUCCGGCUUUGAACGAGUACAUGCGGCUGCUGGCCAGCGGCGAUGCCGAUCUCCUCGCCGACCCUGAGCCCGCGUCACCAUGCCAUGUGGCGGCGGGCGUGCCGGGGGGUGCGAUCGUGUUUGGGGCGGCUUGGAAGGGGAUAUUGGCGACGUUGAGUGAUCGGAAUUGGAGUGCGCUGCCUACACCUCCGCUGCUGCCGCGUGGGAUGAGUAAUAGUAGCAGCAGCGGCAAUACGGGUAGCAAGAGUGAGAGUUUGAAGGCCGGUCUUGGCGGCUGUGCCAGCGGUGAUUUAUCAUCAUGUGCUGUGCAUGGUUGCGAAGGAUGCGCCGGCAACAAUUAUACAACGCCUUUCUUGGGGCAAAAAACUUGUUCUAGUACCGGCUCGGGGCCAACGGAAAAUCAUCAAGCCUAUAUUACCCCCCAAAGUCACGUUCAAUUCCAAUCCCAGGUUUCGUCCCCUCGCAAAGCGCCAAAACCGACGCGCGCCCAGCUGGCGCAGAUGCGUGACGUCGUGGCUGCUAUCAAGGCGUAUCGUGCCCAGACGAGGGCCGCGUAUGAGGAAGAGAAGAGAAAAGCGAAGGCAGAAGGGAGGGAGAUAUUGCUGGGGGAGCCACAUUUUCAUUGGAUGGGGAGCUUGGAGGUUGUUGUGCCCGUUGGGGGUUGA